ACAUGGAGGAGGAGAACAGCCAAAACAGUGCCGCUACAGCUUGAAAGAGAAAUGGGGCUAACUAAGGAAUGAAUGCGGUCAUUGAAAACGUCGACUGUCUUCAAAAGCGCCGAGAAACAUUCAGUUAAAGUAAAAUGUCACUGAGUGCAACGUGUGAUUCGGUUUCUCAGAAAAGGACUGUGUCGAGCCUCCUCGCUGGUCGUGUGGUGAAGAGGCCGAAGCAGGGCGAUGGUCAGAGGCUGCAGGAGGCAACGAUCCAGCUGUUGGAGCAGCAGCAGAACCUCUGCAGUCUGCUCAGGGAGGUCGGGAAUCCAGAUCCGUGCAACGCUUUCUGCACUCAGACAGGAGAGCAGGAACAUGCGGGGUCUGAGGGCAUCACAUCUUCCAUUGCAGGUUCAUUGCUGGUGUGUGAACUAAGGCGUCAGGCCUCGCAGCUGGGUGUCCCGGUGGCAGCGCUGUCAGUGAAGAUGAUGUUGGAGAGACUGAUGGAGAUCACUGUAAAUGAAGAAGUGGAGAAGGAGGAGGACAAGAUGACAGGGCUGCUCACUUCCUCUCAGCGGGUCCAGCUGUGUAUCCUGCUGAAGUCCAGCAGAGAACUCCUGUCACAGGGAGCCCUCUGCCCUAAACUGCUCUGGCAGGAGUACAGAAGAAAUCAGAGAUUACCCAAGCUGGAGGUGGUGUACCAUCUUCACUUUUACAACAUACUCACUCUGAAGUACAUCAUAGAGAGUGAUGAAACAGUGAGGUCGUGGUUGGUGUCUCAGUUGAAGGCUCUGUGCGGAUGGACACCUCCACAGGGAGAAGAGGAGACCAAACAAGUUCAACACAAAGUGCUGUCAACUGUGGUUGGAAUCUUGAUUGGAACUGGCUUCGAGGCGAGCCAGGAACCAGCAGCUGCAGACAGGAAGACGUCCCUGUUCUGCUGCUCAGUGCUGGAUGACAUGCUCUUCUGGCUCCUGGACACUAUGGAAAAGAGUGCGACGCUGCAGUCUGCUGGAGCAGGAGCUGAGCUAUGGAUUCAGAUAUUUGAUACUUCAUUAUGUGGAGCUUCAAUGUCCGUGGAUACCCUUCAGCGUUUCUUCACACACUCCCUCACACAGACUCUCACUUACAAGCCUCGGCUAACAGUGUCGGAUGCCAUCGCUCAGCAGAAUGAGUGGACCUUUGCAAAAGCCAGCCGGUUGUUGACGACUCUUUUCCGUAAGCUGGCUGUAAUCUUCAGUGUGGAGCAGCUGCUGUGUCACCUGCAGAAGGUUUUGGAAACCCAUGAGGUCAACUGGAAACACGUCCUGUGUUUCCUCUCCACUCUGCUGGUUUACAACCCCUGUGCCCAGACCAGCCUAACAGAGUUGCUGUCCAGGCUGCUGAGCUCUGCAUUUGAAGGUUAUGACCUCGAGAACAUGAUAACCGCCUUCCUCUUGGCUCGACAGGGUGCGCUGGAAGGACCAGGCAUCUUCCCUUCCUACAGCAACUGGUUCAAGAUGUCUUUCGGCGGAGGCAGUGGCUACCACGCGACCAGUAAGAAAUCUCUGGUAUUUCUGCUGAAGUUCCUGUCUGACUUGGUGCCUUUUGAACCCCCACUGUACCUCAAGGUUCACAUCCUGCAGCCUCCAUAUGUACCUGUGAAACACCGCAGCCUCCUUAUGGAGUAUGUCACUCUGGCCAAGACCAGGCUGGCUGACCUCAAGGAGUCAGUGGAGGACAUGGGUUUAUACGAGGAUGUUUCUAGUGCAGGUGGAGCAUCAGUGCAGCCGCAGUGCCAGGCUGUCCAGGAUGUGGAGAAGGCCGUGUCUCUGUUUGAGAGCACAGGAAGAAUCUCUGCCACAGUCAUGGAGGCCAGUAUUUUCCGGAGGCAGUACUUCCUGACACGAUUCCUUCCAGCUCUGCUGACACCGAGGAUGCUUCCUGUCAAAGCUGAUGCUCGGAUGAGUUUUAUAGAAGCUCUGAAAAAAGCAGAUAAGAUCCCUGCUGCACAGUAUUCAUCUUAUGUGGAGUCCUGCCAGAAACAGAGGCAGCAGGGUGGGAGUGCAGUGUGUGUGGACACUAAUGAUGAUCCUCUGGAGGUCCUGAAGGUUCAGCUGCAGGAGUUCACAGAGCUGGUUAAUAAGGGAAAUGAUGGAGCUGGUCAUGUAUCCACAGAUAUGUCGGCCCAGCUGUCCAGGAUCUCACACACUCUGGCCGUCAUCUUUCCGGGCCGUCCUGAUGAGCUGGUUAGACAGACAGUCAUCAUACUUCACAUUAACACCCCUCCGUCCCCUGAGCUCCACGUCAAAGUUGUAAACAUGAUCCUGAGAAACUUCUGCCAGUGCCUGUUGGACGCUUCCAGAGCAAACCCUCCUAAUAAACAGAGCCAGUGGGCCUCCAGAUUCGUCAGUGUCCUGCUUGGUAACACACAGUUCCUCUCCAGUCUUAUACAAAGACUCUGGGACCUAUUUCAUAACCAGGGGUCAUCGCUGAGUGCUGCCCACUUACUUGGUCUGGCAGCAUUUAUGGUCCAUGUCCAUGCCUCCAUGUCCCACAGUCCUCUGGUUCAGCUGGUCCCGCCCAUUCUGCCUGAGCCAGUACCUGUCGGAGAAGCUCUUAGCUCCGCGCUGGUCUGCAGCACACAGGCUAACAUGCUCUUCUGUGUCAGGUUGUGUGUGGCAGCCUUGUGUUAUGGGAUCUGCAGAGGGGACUCACUGCCCCAGCACCAACAGCAGGACUACAUCCUCAACAGCUUCUAUAAGAAGCUUCUGUACCUCAUCCCAAGACUGUUACCUGAAGCCAGAAGAACUCCCAUCACUGCUGGCGGUCACAUAAGGGAAUACCAGGAGGAGAACCUGCCCGGCCUGUGGAGCAGUGCCACGGACACCAACAACACCUGGAGAAAAACAGCUUUGCAUCUGUGGAGGCACCCAGCUUUCUGUCAGCUACAACACACACCACAGUAUCAGUUAUUGAUUUCAGAAUGGCUGGCUAAUGAGCUCAGAGUACAGAGAAGUGAAGACGCCCUGUCAGACCCAGAACGUCAGGAGUACCAACAGUGGGCCUGCUUGGAGCUCUAUCUGUCUCGUCCGGAGGAGCAGGGAGGCUGUGGUGGAGAUGUGAAGAAUCUCUGCUCUCAUCUGCUCAAAGCCAUCAUGGACCAACAGUUAAAUAAGCAGAGGCUGGAAAAGAUCUCGUCAGAAACGGGAACCUGUCUGCCAGACAUCCUGUCCAGGUUACAGGAGCUUGUCUAUGAGAUGGAAGUGAGCGACCUCCCUGGCAGCCAUAGGAGCAGAGCUGAUGUGUGUGACUUCCUGUUUGAGUUGGUGUCUCAGAGAUGCUGCUUCACAGAGGCCUCAGCUCCUCUGAGCAUCAGCUCUGAGCUCAGCCUGCAACACACACUGAACACAUGGAACAGAGUGCUGUUGGCUCUCCCAGCAGUGUUAUUCAUUAAAGUAAAGUCUGAAGGAGAGAGGACGACUCUGGAGUGCGACACAUUGAUAGAACAUGUCAACCAGCAUCAGAGGAAGAUGUGUUCUCCAGUCGGCUUGCUGUCCUGCCAUCUAACAUCACAUCUCCUGAGAGGUGUGUUAUGUGCCAGUGUACGUUGUGGACGCUCAGGUGAAGAAGUCAACAAAGCCUGGACUCAAAUCAGUCUACGCUGUCCUUUGCUCCUGGUCUCCACAGUGCACUGGUGGGAGCGUCUGUCUCCAGUGCUGUUGUCACUGUGGCAUCGUCUAUGUGAUGGAGAGCCUCUCCCAGAGCAGCUGCAGCUCCUCUCUGACUGUCAGAAUUGGGCGUGCAGUUUAGAGAAGGGGCUGUCAUCAUCGCCAGUGCCUGAAGCUGCAGCUCUGCAGCUGGCCGCCAGCCUGCAUCGUGCCUGGGGCUCUGGGUGUGACAACCAGGGCUUCAGUGCUGCUCUGAAUGUGGUACAACCAGAGAGGGGCACAAAACACCGGCAGGUGCUUGUUUUCCUGCUUUUCCUGUAUGUAAACGACUAUCUGUCAUCACUCCUGUAUCCUCAGGAGAGGAGCCAUCAGAAAGUCAGAAGUUUAUGCACAGACCUUCUGCUUGUGUUGGUGGACUCGGCAGACUGGCUGCUCGUCUUUAAAUCAAACGACCAAGGUGUUUACCAGUCGAUGGCAAUGGUGACAUCAGAUGAGUUUACCCGAUUGAUGCCAUGGGCCUUCUACAGCCUGCUGCUCCAGCAGAGUGCUGAGCUGCUGCAGAGAGCUGUGCGCUGUCCGGGGUUCCUCCAUACUGCUGUCCUCUGCUACAUCAAUCUGCUGCAGCUUUUCCUGGACGGACACACACUUAAACCAGCCACUGAUCCCUCUGACAAUCAGGUGACUGAGCCUCAGACAGGGUGUCUACAGAUGGAGCCUUUCCAGAUUGUGAGCCACGCCAAACAGUUUCUCCUCAGAGUGAUCUCACAGACAUCUCCUACUACCCUGUCCUCUGGCCAUCUCAGACAGCUGGAGUCCCAGAGUGCAGACUUGGACCCAGAGGUGGCAGCAGCUCUCUCUGUGCACCUCGACCCUCACAGCCUCAGCCCGGAGAUGGACUUCCUCUGAAAAGCUGCCGACUCAUGUUCAGUCAUAAAAACUGUCUAAAGUGAACUGUGACACCACUUUUACUACAAAAUCUUUUACACUCCUUUUGAGGUUCGGAAGUGUCUUUUAGACAGUUACGGUAUCUGACUUUACACCAGGUACUUUAUUUGUUUUACUGUAAUCCAACUUUACAUCUAAGAGAAAACAUGUUCCUCUUGUUAUAUUUAUUAAAUAGUUCAGAUUUUACGAGUCUAAAUACUCAGUUUUGUAAAAAAAAAAAAAACUUCUACAUUUUAUUUGUCUUUUUACACAUAAUAGACACAGGACUUUAUUAUACACAUGUACAUCUGAAGCCCUUUCCACUGUUUACAAUACAGAUAUAAACUCUUAAAAAGAGUGCUUAGCAUUGUAAUAACUUAAUAAAAAACCGUGACCUAA